ACACUGUUAAUCCCCGUCCCAUUGAUUAAAACCAUGAAUGUUUUUUAUCUAGUGAAUGAAACAGUUCAAUAAUAAAAAUAAUUCCUUUCAUUAAUCCAAUAAUUGUUGAUAAUUCCUGUACUUGCGAGGUGUUACUCAUGUAAUAUUAUGUUUGAACUGGGGAACGUUUCUGUUUACGCCAGUGUGUUGCUAAGCAACGACUGAAUAUGGCAACAGUUCGAGCUUUCUCCAGGUCGAUAUAAAAUGGCAUCAAGCUAUGGAUCACUUGUCAAGGAGGCCAUUGUGUUGCUCGAUAAGUUCGGCGCUGGCAGACAGCUUUUGGAUGACUUCAUAGAAGAUGCUUCAAAAGAUCUGCAGAACACGGAUUCUCAGCAUAAGAAGUUCAUACUUGAUGUGGUCUUUGGAUGUACUGAACACAAAAAAUUACUGGACGUAGUUAUCAAUGUUUUCUAUGGCCAGAAUGGGAAAUGCUUAUCCAGAGGUGAUCGCAGCCAGUUUGUCGUUAUCUGUUACCUUGCCACAUUUGUCCUUGAUGACAUUGGGCUUCAGCGUUUUGGCAACAUUGUCAAAUCUCUUGACAUCAAGAAGAUGCACACAUUCCUGAAUUUCUUCUUCACAAACCUCACCACAUGGAUACAAGAAGAGUGGAAUAAUAUCUACGAUGCUGCCUAUGUGGCGAAACACUGGAUUGGCCCUCUGCUAAGAUGGCGCCCUGAGAUUGAUAUUCUCAUGGACCAGCUUGCUGUCAAAAUAUCUUGCGGGAGUCAGGUCAAAAAAGCUCCAAUCAAAACCACUGAGCCCCAGGAGUUCCCUCUCACCAAACCCAAACCCCGACCUCUGCCUAUGCCUGAGCUCAUCCCACAGCAGGAAAAAUGCAAACCAGUACCAAACAGCACAUACAGAGCUCCAAGGGAGAUGCAGAAAAUCGAGGAGAUGAAACAGAAGAACCAUCAAAAGACUGAGGAAUUGCUGUAUGAGGCAAAUAUAAAGCAGUUCAGAUGUGUAAAUCCACAGAAGUCUGAUCGCACCAAGCGAGUGAUGUCCCAGAUUAAGGAAGACUUGGAUUCAAAGCUCAAAUUCAAUUCAUAUCAUUCCUCUGGACCUCCUUCCAGUAAUAAGACCAACAACUGGCCCAAGCUCAACAGUGCAGCUAUCCUGAGGCAGGGGGCACUAUAUAACCGUCAGGUGGAGGAAGAGCUGCAGAGAAUGGAGCGUUUGAUAGAAGGGGCACAUGAGCCCUCUUCUUUCCUACAGUGGCAGAGGGAGAUGCGUGAGAAGGACCUUCAGGAGGAGCUGGCUAAGAUUGAGCGUAGGCGUCUGGAGGGACGCAUCAGUUUUGAGGAGGCGGCUAUGGCCCGCACACGCAUAAUGGAACGCAACCAGAAGACUGCUCAGCUGAAGAAAGAAGAGACAGCUCAAUUGAUGCGGAGAUAUGCUGAGAAAAGGCUGCAGGAGGAAAAAGAAAUGAGGGACUUGGUGCAACAAGUGGCAGAAGGACACAAGAACUCAAAAACGGCUAAGGAGAAGUUACAGAAACUCAAGCAAAGUAUAGUGAAAGAAGUCUCAGAGCAAAGUCAAGAGCUCCUUCGUCAAGCACUUGAAGAAGCACAUGCGGAGCUAAGCAGAAAGUUUGAAAUCAUCCUUGAAAUCCGCACCAUUGAGUCGCUUCCUCACAUUAGAGUCAAGAAUUUUGACGACACAGAGACUGCAGGCCAUGAGCUGCUGGGAGAGAUGUCCCUGGCCGAGCUGAAGGAACGGCUGGCCCUUCUGAAGAAAGUCCAGCAAACAGAGCAGCAGGAGAAAUGGGGGCACAUCCUGGAGGUGAGGCAGAACAAGAGGCAGCUGCUGUUAGAGCAGAUGGACACCAUCGACCAUCACAGGAGGGCACUGGCCCAGGCUGCUGUCAUCAGGAAAGAGGAGAGGAAAGCCAGGCUGGGGUUUCGGCAGACGGUGACACAAGAUGAGACACUUUUGGCUCGGCAGAGGAAGCUGGAGGAGAAACAGCAAGAGCGCCAAAGACUGAAGCAAACUGAAAGCAGCAAGGUCAAAACCUCUGAGGAAGCAGCAGUGCACACUGUUAGAAACACAGGGACACACAACAAAAAAACCUUGAAGGAGAAAAGCUGGGAGGAACUGGAGCUGAGUUUAGAGCAUCAUAUCCAGAAGGACACCCCUUAUGUCGUUCCUCAGAGGGAAACACUCAAGACAUAAAUAUGUGCAACAUGCUCCACUGGCCUAUGAAUUAAUUUAAUGUUAGAUCAGAAAGCUCAGCAGUGCAUCUGCUGCCAGAAGAGAAAUACAAAAUCGCUGUCAUUGUGAUUUAUCUCCAUGGAGGCUCAUUUAUAUCCAUUACAGUUUUCUCUACACUUGAAUCUAAUCGAUUUCGUACUGUAUUUGUAACAUUAGUGUUAAACGUUGCUCUGAUGCUUGUUAUGUCCACUGGAUGUCAAGAUGUCAGGAUUUUUUUUUUUCUUUCAUUUCUCCCCAAAGUAAAUUCCACCCACCUGUGUAUCUGGCGUGAAACGGGAAGUGGACCUUCAGCUUGUGACUUAUGAAGAAAAAUUUCCCUUCCCCCAAAACAACGUUGGGUGUUAUUUCUGUCGCUUGUGUGUUUUGUUAACAAGUUACUGUACAAAAUGUCACUCAUCAUUACUCAUCGAGGUCAAGCUAAGGCACCAGUGUCAUUCGUCGUUUGUCAAAAGAGAACCACUGUGAGAAUAAGCACAUGACUUUAACAGCAAACCUAUGUAACAUUUCUAUACUGCAAUAUCGCCACAGUGAAAAAUUUGAUUAUAUUGAUAAUGUUGA